ACGGCGAUGACCUGACCUCCUAAAAGAUUUGUGUGACACCGUACGGAGUAGUCAUGGCUCCAUGCUGCAGCCAGCGAAGAUUUAUCCCAACCACGUCUUGAAUCAUAGGACAUGACCUACCACCAAUUUAUACCACUGAAGAGAUGCGUACAUAUUGAUUUAUGCACAGAUAGACUCAUACAAGAACGUUAGAUGUGCCUUCUCGUAUCAAUCUUAUCACUGCAUCCAGUCCGACACCGCUGAGAUCUGAAGGCGGCAGCAGCCCCGCACCAAUCGCCACGGGAAGGUUUGUCAUCCCUCCGAUAAGUACUGAUUAUCAAGCAACUUCCCGCAGUCAUCGAUCCCCGCCACUUUUCCUUCAGCAACACUUCUUGCUGUCAAUCAAUACCCUGUUUGAUUCUUCCUGAUCACUUUUCAUUAUUCAAAUAAAGAAGAAGAGGAUAAUUGGAGAACAACCAUCAGAAUGGCACCUUCUCUCGAGGAGCCGACAACGGCUUACUUCGAAGCGCCUUCCAAGAUGGCACCGAAUCUUGUCGCUCCCGAGCCAGAGCACUGCCCUGGUCCUGAAUCCGAACAAGCUGGUCAAGGCGAUGCUUGUGCUGGCUGUCCGAAUCAACAGAUCUGCGCCUCCGCUCCCAAGGGCCCCGAUCCCGACAUUCCCAUUAUCACCGAACGGCUAUCGCAAAUACGGCAUAAGAUUCUCGUAUUGUCCGGUAAAGGUGGCGUGGGUAAAUCAACAUUUACCUCCCUACUCGCUCACGCGUUUGCUGCGAACCCCGAUUCGACUGUGGGCAUCAUGGACACAGACAUUUGCGGGCCGUCCAUCCCCAAAAUGAUGGGCGUCGAGGCGGAGACCAUCCAUGUGAGCAACGCAGGCUGGAGCCCCGUGUGGGUCACGGAUAAUCUGGCCGCGAUGAGUGUACAGUUCAUGCUGCCCAACCGGGACGAUGCGGUAAUCUGGAGAGGGCCUAAGAAGAAUGGACUCAUCAAGCAGUUCUUGAAAGAUGUAGACUGGGGAGAGAUGGACUACUUGAUCAUCGAUACGCCUCCCGGAACAUCAGAUGAGCACUUGUCCGUCAACUCGCUGUUGAAAGACUCUGGUGUCGACGGUGCGGUGGUGGUCACUACCCCCCAGGAGGUCUCUUUGUUGGACGUGCGGAAGGAAAUCGACUUCUGUCGCAAGGCUGGAAUUCGCAUUCUGGGGUUGGUCGAGAACAUGUCGGGCUUCGUUUGUGGAAAUUGCAACACAAAAUCGCAAAUCUUCCGAGCUACCACUGGGGGCGGAAAACGUCUUGCCAAGAAGAUGGGUAUCCCUUUCCUGGGCGCUGUACCGCUCGACCCUCGAGUAGGCAUGGCGUGCGACUACGGCGAGAGCUUUGUGGAUAAUUUCCCGGACAGCCCAGCUUCAAAGGCAAUCAAGCAGGUUGUGCGUUCGGUCGCGCAGUUUAUUGGGGAGGAGCCGGACGAUGUCCUGCCGGAGGACACGGUCGAAUAAAAGUACUGUCUCUUUUCUUUCAUGUCUAUCAGCGCGGUGCAUUUGGGACAGCAUGUAAGGGGAUUCACAUGAUUUGAUAUCAUUCUUGGGCGUUUGGGCAUAGAUGCAGUUAUUCUUGAUACCAGAUUAUUUCGAAGGCACCUUGAUCACUUGUUUACGAACAAA